CGAAGCCGGCAGAAUGCAGUGGCUUAAAAUGAAGCUCCGCUUUGUAAACUUAAUUUUUCUAUUGAUUAGCUCAGCAUACGCCCAAUUAGGGGGCGACCCCAAUGGCUACCUCACUUAUUGCCCCUGUAUGGGACGCUUUGGCAACCAGGCCGACCACUUCCUGGGAUCAUUGGCCUUCGCCAAGGCGCUUAAUCGCACCCUGAUCCUGCCGCCGUGGGUGGAGUACCGCAGGGGCGAACUACGAUCCCGGCAGGUGCCGUUCAACACAUACUUUGAAGUGGAGCCCCUGAAGGAAUACCAUCGCGUCAUCACCAUGGCAGAUUUCAUGUGGCACCUGGCCGACGACAUUUGGCCGGAAUCGGAGCGAGUGUCCUUUUGCUACAAGGAGCGAUAUAGCCUUCAGCAGGAGAAGAACAAUCCAGACAAGCCCAAUUGCCACGCCAAGGAUGGGAAUCCCUUCGGUCCCUUUUGGGACACAUUUCACAUCGACUUUGUGAGGUCAGAGUUCUAUGCGCCCCUGCAUUUUGAUGUGCACCAUAGCAACGAAGCCGCCAAGUGGCAAAACAAAUAUCCUGCAGAAUCAUAUCCCGUACUCGCAUUCACCGGAGCUCCAGCUAGUUUUCCUGUUCAGCUAGAAAACUGCAAACUGCAGCGCUACUUGCAGUGGAGUCAAAGGUAUAGGGACGCAUCUAAGGAUUUCAUCCGCGAGCAGUUGCCGCGGGGUGCCUUCCUGGGCAUUCAUCUGCGCAACGGCAUCGAUUGGGUGAGAGCCUGUGAGCACGUCAAGGAUAGCCAGCAUCUGUUUGCCUCGCCGCAGUGCUUGGGCUAUAAAAAUGAACGAGGUGCACUCUACCCGGAGCUCUGCAUGCCGUCCAAGGAGGCCAUCAUCCGCCAGCUAAAGAGAACCAUUAAGAAUGUGCGCCAGACGCAGCCGGACAAUGAAAUCAAAUCAGUUUUUGUGGCAUCAGACUCCAACCACAUGAUUGGCGAACUAAACACGGCGCUCAGUCGCAUGGGCAUCAGUGUGCACAAGCUACCAGAGGAUGAUCCAUACCUGGACUUGGCCAUACUCGGACAGUCAAACCACUUUAUCGGCAAUUGUAUCUCCUCCUACUCGGCAUUCGUAAAGAGAGAACGAGAUGUGCACGGCUUUCCAUCAUACUUCUGGGGAUUCCCAAAGGAAAAGGAUCGUAAGCACUCAAACGUGCACGAGGAGCUGUAAUUGAUCAACAGGAAAAUCUACUUAAAUACUCGAAUAGGCUAUUUUUCGGUUUUCUUUCCUAGUAUUAGACAGUUUUAUUACAUUGAUUAAGAAAUAUUUUGACUUCACUUUUAAAAGAUACUUCUCAAAUAAGUAAGAUAAGUUUCAACUUACAGUAAAAUGCAGUAUUUAAAUGUUAACAAAAAACGAACAAAUUUUACCAAUUUACUUUUUAAAUGAAUUUCUUUAUCAGUAUAGC